UCUCCUUCCUCUCCCUCCUUCUGGAUUUAACACCCCCCCCCAGCUUUGCUCUUUCCCACCUCUUCCAGGACCCUCCCCAUUCCUGAUUCUCCAUCUUCUUCCUCCUUUUCUCCUCUGGUCCCCACAGAGCUUCUCACUUUCCUGGAAGCCCUGGACACCAAGUCUAUAACCACUGGGGACCAAUGGGACUUAGGACUCUGGUCAGACCUCCCAAAAGCCCCCUAACUCUGUCACCCACCUUCAGCAGUUCCUUGACUUGGGGGAGGGAAGAGAAAUGGCUCUUAAUUCACCAUCCGUUCCUCCUCCCACACCCUCGCCAGGGGGGUGGCCUACAAAGGGGAAGAGGCUGUGUCCUGGAGGAGCCUAGGUGGUCAGUCCCAGGGCUGUGAGCCUUCCAAACCCAAAGGUCAAGCCGAGGGCUGGAGGGUCCAUGAAGGUCAAAGCCUCCUCUGUCCUCCCCAGAUUCCCUGCUUCCCUACAAGAUCUCUGCCAUCUUCAGCAUCUCACCUAGCUCAGGCUGGGUGGCUGGGCUGAAUCCCACCCAGCUCUGCUCCCUGAUCUCAGGGCUUCCCUGCCCCUCACGUCCUCUGUCCACUGCAGUUCAAGAAGACGACCCAUGGCCCAGGAGGCCACACACCUGAUCCCCCUCAUCCUGAUGGUGCUCCUGGCCUCAGGCUCCUGGGCACAGAACACAGAGUUCCUACAAAAACCAGAGGGUGAGAUGAUCGUAGUGAGAUGCCGGUACAAGACCGACCAACGCUCAAAGGUGAAGACCUGGUGUCGGAGAACGUCAGCAAAUUAUUGUAAAUUACUAGUGGGCAGGGGCAGGAAAGAGCCCCGAUCCUCCAUCCAGGAUCAUCUCAGGCUUGACUACUUCGACGUCACUAUGACUGCACUCAGGGCAAACGACUCCAGAGUCUAUUACUGUGGAAUCUAUGAAAAUACCGAGGUCUACAUUCUCAGAACCAUUCAUCUGAAGGUGUCUAAAGAAGCCCAGCAGCAGGGACAGAAGGGAAGCUCAGGAAAGCCCGGAGGGACCACAGGCAUGGGGAGGGAUGGUUUUCUGGCAGGAGGUGAAGCUGGACUCCAGCUCCCCUCACCUGGCUGGUCCUUGUUCCCAAGCCCUUCAGGCAACCGGAAGUGGAUAUUCAUCUCCUCUGGCCUGGUGGUGGCCGUCCUGCUGCUGGGGUUCAUUGUCCUCAUGGUCCUAUAUCUCAGGAAAGUCCGAGGAAGAGACAGGAAAGGGAGCCCCCUGUCCUUGGCUCUGGGUGAAAAGGAAUCCCACCACAUCUAUGAGGACAUUUCAGACCACAAGGAGGUGAAGGCCCCUGCCGGGCCAGAGCCUGCCCAGGGCUUGGCUGCCUGGGUUCAAUUGCAUGGGGCCAACACGGGAAGCAGGAUGGCUCCUCAGGGACUCUCAGCAGGGCUGAGGACUGGGCAGCUUCUCUUGGGUAGGCCUGUCCCGUCUAAAUACCUGAUGGACUCACAGAAACAUAGGAUGGGAAGGACCUCAAGUCCUCGGGUUCAGCCCUUGUGUAAUGCUGGGAUCACACUACAAAUAACACCCCUACCCCGUGUUCUAGCCCUCUCCCCAGGGACUUUGCCUCCGUGGCUCUGGAGUGGAGCCUGGUUCUGCAUUUUUAACAAGUUCCCGGUGAUGCUGAUGAGGCUGCUUCACAGACCACACUGCGUAGCCUUAUUCCUCACGCGCGGUGACCAUGAAAGCCAUUCACGACCAAAGGCUCUGCAGGAUCCAUGCCUUGUCCUACAUCUCAUCUCUGUCCUCCACUCAGUUCCGGGCCCUCUGAGGGCCCCUGACCACCGCAGCUGUGGUCUGUACAGUGGGACGUCUAUCUUUUUUGAUUUCCAGGGCUUCCAUCAGCAGAUCCUCUCUGAUGAGGACACUGCGGCCAUCUGCUAUGCGUCCCUCAUCCAUCUAAACCACUUUGGCACUGAGGACCCCAUCUACAGUAACACUCACCCCAACUCCAACCCGCAGCCCGUGCCCGACCCCCUUCAGACUGUGGAAUAUGCCAGCAUGACGGGAAAAAGACUGCCACCCUCCCGCCAGCUGCCCUCAGUGGGGAGCUUGGGAAUUGAAGCAGAAUUCACCAGGCAGUGACCACUGGCCAAAAUGCUCCCUAGGUACAAAGCUACUCUACCAGCAAUGGUGGGGACUUGAUGUGGCAGAGAUGACCACAAGCCGUCAGGGGCCACACCCUUUGGAGGCAGAGUGCUGCCAUAGACAAGCUGUGGGCAUAAGAGAGCGGUUUCUGGGUCCCUCCCUAGUACCGCCCCCCAGGGGCUGGGAAGAGUGCUACAGCAGAGUCCAACUAGGCAGGGGCCUGGGGCCCUCGGAGU